GAAGAGGGAGAGGGUUAAUUUCACUCUUCUGUUACAUUCUCUUCUUCCUUUUUCUUGUUUUGCGACAUCCAUAUAUCUAUCUAGCUAUCCAACUCACCAUCUAUAUACGUAUCCCACCUUUCUCCCUAUUCGAAGGGUUUUAUUUCAUCAUAUACAUCUAUAUAAUACACACACUCCAUACACACACAUACUUUGACUGCUCUCCUUCCUCGAUCUAUACUUAGCCAUCCCAUCUGAGAUCUCCCCUUACAUUGUUGACAUAUACACAUCCGGUUCUCAAUCCAACGAUUCGAUCCCAUUCCACGCAUCCAUUCAACCACUUCCACGAAUAUUCGAGCAAGUAGCUCAGCUUCGACUGCAGUGGGACAGCUGAGACUCACAACUACUUCGCCCUCAUCAUUCCGCUGGCCUCACCAUAUCCAAGAGGCGUUGCAAACACACACAAUUCGGUGAACUGACACGACUUAAGAUCCAGGUGGUCAUCGAAACUAGGGAAAUCGAGCCCAAAAGAUUAAAAAUACGCGAGCUACUUAUUAUCUCGAACUUUGCCAUCCAUCCCAUCAUCUUCGCUUUCGCCUUCGCCCUCGCCCGGACAGCCUUAGGUACAAUUUAGAAUUUGGCUUAAGAAAUCAAGAAGAACAGACCCUGAGCCAAUUCUUCCCCCCCCCUCUUUCCCAAUUCUCCAAGAUUUUCCCAAGAGCAAAACCUAAAUUUCAAUUCAAUUCCGUUCAAUUCAACCGUGCAAUAUUGGACCAUAAUUGGGAAGAGAAUCAGGAAGAAAAAAGGAUUGGAAAUCAUUUUCCGAGGUAUUAAUUGCAUAUCAUAUCAUAUCAUAUCACCUCGCACUGCGGCUCAUUCCUUGAUUGCUCCUUUAAAAAAUCCCCAUCCCAAUCCCAUUCCAAAAUUCGAUACAACCGCUACAUACGGAAACGAAAGAGUCAUAGGUCCCUAUCCUAUUCCUACCCGUCGGUCAAAACUCCUGCGGAACCCACUAUCGACACACUUAUGACCUAGGAACACCAGGUACUUAAAGUCUAUCUCGAGUCCCAGCGAAAAGGCACCCUCAAACUUUCUCCCUUCUCUACCUUUCCACGAACCUUCGACGGAUUUCCCACCUCUUCACCCACGCAACGACCAGACCGCAACGAGAGACUCUCAAACACGUCAACAUAAUUAUACUACGGGCACCAGACAGUCCUCGCAGAUCAUCGCAAGACAGGAAAAUGGCAGGAGCGGAACAAGACUUGCUUAGGCAAGCUACACAAGCAAUGAUGGCAAGAGAUGAAGAUGGUGACCAUAUCGAUUCCGAUACUCCCCGCUCUGGUGUCGCGACCCCACAGCCAGAUCCUUCAGACAAGCGAACUCCUGGUAUAUUGCAUAGCUUUUAUGGACAGGUUGGUUUAGGUUCUUCCUCAAGUCAAAAUUCUGCGAAACAUAUAUCACGUACAUCACAAAACCCUAACACAAGUGCCCUUGAGGGUCACUACACUUCCCCACGACAGAGAUUUGAAGCAGAGGGUGCAUUGUUGAAAGCCACUCCAAGUUCACUGGAUGAACGCAGGAUUGAUGGCGGAGUAGAGAAAGAAAACUCACUGCUUCCACCACAUGAACUUUUGGGUAGUUCUCAAAUCUCUAAGCAACAAUAUCCUUAUCCGACACCACCUGUUUCACAUCCGUCCUCACUACAUAAGGUGAAAUUGAGUGAUGCGAGUUUUGAAGAUAUUGGCAAUAAUGUACAGAAAACGGCAGCUCCUACAGAUCGAGAUUGUAUUUCGGAAUCAAUUCCGUCACAUGCAAGAAGAGCUUCGUCUAUGACACCAUUGUCAAACAUUGUCACUCCAUCAAAUGUUCAUGCUGCACAUUUUUCAAAUCCCAGCGAUACCCCUUCCGAGCACAAACUUAGCACUCCUCCAUUAUCCCGAUUGAAUUCUGAAUUCCACAAGUCACCGUCUUAUGAUCGACUCAAGAAGCUAACUUGUGAUGGAUUAAAGAGCAUACCAUCAACACCCACUCGAGCUUUGUCGAAUCAAACCUCGAAGUCAGAUCAAAGUGUUAUGAGCACAAAUUCUGAACAUGUCGCACAAAAUGGCAAAUCCGGCGCGAGCGAGCGACCGGCUGUUACUCCUCGUACCGACAGUAGUAUGGGAGGAACAGUGGUACCACCAAAGGGCAAACUUACUGUGAAGAUCAAUGAAGCCAGAGGAUUGAGAAGGAGCGUGGAUCCUUACGUUGUAGCCGUUUUCCAACGAAACGAGCUGGUAUCAAAAGGACCACAGUCAGAAGAGGACGAUGAGGAUGAUGGCAAUUCACACAGCCCCGGCGGUAUCCCAAUUGGCGGCAUUCCGAUUGGUGGCAUCCCGAUUACGCGAAGUGGAAGUGACUCUGGUCGUUCCAUGGCAAUUCCUAUGAAAAGUAGGCAAAGCAGCAACACUAGUUUGUCGGAAUACAGAGAUUUCAAGAACAAGGGUCGAAAAAUGUUUACCCACCCUAAAUGGGAUGCUGAAGCUGUCUUUGAUGUUGUUGGCUCAGAUACACGAGUCAAUAUAACCAUUUACGACCGAGCUCAACAAGCAGAAGAAUUUUUGGGUCAUGUUGAUCUCCAAGCCAAUCUUGUUGAGAAUGUUGAUGCUCCAGUUUCCGGCUGGUUUCAACUUCGUGGCAAAGAUAUGACAUCGAAUGCAGGGAAUGUAGGUGAGGUUCACGUCGAGAUUUCCUUCCAGCGCACAGAGAAGAGACAUUAUGGACCAGAUGAUUUCCAGAUUUUGAAGCUUAUCGGAAAGGGUACAUUUGGCCAAGUCUACCAAGUAAGGAAGAAGGAUACAAAACGAAUUUACGCCAUGAAAGUUCUUCAAAAGAAGGUCAUUGUUCAAAAGAAAGAGGUUGCUCACACCGUUGGCGAGAGAAACAUUCUAGUUCGAACAGCUACAGCCGAUUCUCCAUUCAUUGUUGGUCUUAAGUUCUCCUUUCAGACACCGACAGAUCUAUAUCUUGUUACAGACUAUAUGUCUGGAGGCGAAUUGUUCUGGCAUUUGCAAAAGGAGGGAAGAUUUGAUGAGCAACGUGCCAAAUUUUACAUCGCGGAACUCAUCUUAGCACUUGAACAUCUUCACAAACAUGAUAUCGUCUACCGGGAUUUGAAACCAGAGAACAUUUUGUUGGACGCAAAUGGACACAUUGCUUUGUGUGACUUUGGUCUAUCAAAAGCGAACCUCACAAAGAAUGCCACAACUAACACAUUCUGUGGUACUACCGAGUACCUUGCACCCGAAGUUCUUUUAGAUGAAGCUGGAUAUACCAAGAUGGUUGACUUCUGGUCUCUAGGAGUCUUGGUGUUCGAGAUGUGUUGUGGAUGGAGUCCAUUCUAUGCCGAGGAUACACAACAAAUGUAUAAAAAUAUCGCUUUUGGUAAAGUUAGAUUUCCAAGAGAUACUUUGACUACCGAGGGCCGAAAUUUCGUCAAAGGAUUACUCAACAGAAAUCCUAAACAUCGUCUUGGAGCUACAGAUGAUGCUGAAGAGCUAAAGAGACAUCCUUUCUUCCAGGACAUUGAUUGGGAUGCUCUCACCAAGAAGCUUAUCACUCCUCCUUUCAAGCCAAAGUUGAAGUCAGAGACGGAUACAUCCAAUUUUGAUCCAGAAUUCACCAAUGCCUUGAAUGGUGCAUCAUCACUCAAUGCACGUGCAGCUGCUCUUGCUGCAGGCAUGGCAACAUCAACACCACUAUCCCCAGGCAUGCAAGCAAACUUUAAAGGCUUUACCUUUGUUGAUGAAAGCUCGAUCGAAGAAAAUAUGAAGGAUAGAAUCAAAGAUGAAUACGAGGAUCGAAUGGAUCAAGACAACAAUGAUCCAGAACGUGAUUGGGAAGACCCAUUUGAUAUUCCCGAUAAAUCACGCAUGGAUCGAAUGAGUGGUGUAGUGAGGAAUCACAAUGAAGAUGAACGAAUGUUCAAUGGUGAUGACUUCCAUUGAUCCUUUGUUGGUUCCUCAAUAUGACCUCAUCUUAUGUAUUUAAGGUUCUGGUGCAGACAAGUUUUUUUUUUGUGUCAGCAUACAUAUACAAUCUUCCUUUUUAUUUUCCAAUUCGGGUUUGAUGAAUGGAAUAGGGUUCAUGGUGUGGUGCAUGCAUGCUUCCAUUAUAUCUUACUUUGUCUUUCAUGGUCUUCUUUACUUGUUCGCCGAUUACUUGGUGGGUUCAUUACUGGAGAUGAUUGAUCGAUAAAUAAUCUGGGGAAUCUUACCUUAUAUCCAUUUACAUACUUAUGAUGAUACACUCCGAGUGGUAAGAGCAUGGGCUUGGCGUAAUUGACGGAUGAUUGAUUGCGUGUGCUUGUCUCCGCGCUUCAUUUUUUUUACAUUGGGUUGGAGUUGAGUUAUUUGCACUGCAUAAGGCGCAUGGUUUGUAUCGAUUUGCUUGCUUCUAUAUCUAUAGGAUGUAUGAAUGUGGAGAUGAAGGUGGAAUUGUUGGUGGUGGUAUGGAUGAGUGUUGUGGAGAAGAAAAUAAACGCAAACCUCAAGACAUAUUGGGUGUGGUCCUAGCAUCGACAAUUGCAUUCUUAUUACAGACUAUGAAUGUCCAGGAUGUGCGGUGAGAGAUGGAAUGAUGUGUGCAGUUGGAGUGGAAUCGGGGCAGGAAAGAGAAAAGGGAUAUAAUAUUGAAAGAAGCUUUUAGGCAUGAGUGAUUAGAGAGUGUGGAUUAUGAUAAUUGGAAGAGGAGAGAGAGAUGUGAAGUAUUGGAACGGAGGGAAGAGGAGUGGGAGAUGAAAUGAAAGA